AUGGGUUCUCAGCCAGAGAUGACCAAAGCCACCGAGGAGGAGAUUCCAAAGGAGGACCAGUUCAAGCAGCCUUCCCAACCAGCUGAUUCUUCUUCCCAAACUGAGCCGCUAGCUGAGGUGAAACAGCUCUCCCAGAAAAUGGAAGAGCUCUCUUCCCAAGAAAAGCCGCAGGAAGACGAGAUCAUCUCCGGCGACAAGAGUUUCUUCAACGAGCAAUUUAAAACUGCGGACCGGGUCGAAGUUAUGUUCGAAAAUGGAGAUGCAUCUCCCGAAGAGCGAGCCGAAAAGAAGGCCACGAAAAAGCGACCGCUCGAGGACGACGAGGAAACGAGCCCAACAAAAAAGGCUCAUCAGAUGACUGCGUCUUUUUUGGCUGAUCACGACGAAGUGACCGGCGAUCCAGCUGCCUGCUCCACUCAAGAGCCUCCAAAAGACAAGGAGCAGAACUCCCAAGGAGCUCGAAGCGAGGUCGGACCGUCUCAAGAAAUUCCUUACCAGAUCCCGGGAUUCAUCGACGCCGCCGAGGAAGAAAUGAAGAGCGUCGACAGCGCUGAAAUCGUUCAACACAUCCUCGGUGAUAUCAAAGAGGAAGAUGCAAACGGGGCUGCGGAGAAAGACGAUGAAGCCGCUCAGGGCGAAGCUGCCAAAGAUGAUGCUCAGAACUGA